AAAAACCACAAACCGACUCCCACCCAAUCAAAUCCUCUGAGAAUUAAAAUGGGGAUAGUUGAAGAAGCACACAACGUGAAGAUUUUAGGUUCUGGUGAGCAGACAGUAGUGUUAGCACAUGGAUUCGGGACUGACCAGUCGGUGUGGAAGCAUCUGGUGCCACAUUUGGUUGACGAGUAUAGAGUUGUUUUGUUUGAUAAUAUGGGAGCUGGAACAACUAAUCCAGAUUACUUUGACUUCGACCGCUACUCAACGUUAGAAGGAUAUGCUUAUGAUGUGAUUGCGAUAUUAGAGGAAUUUCAAAUACGCAGUUGCAUUUUUGUCGGCCACUCUGUUUCUGCUAUGAUUGGUGCUAUUGCUUCCAUUGCUCGUCCUGAUCUUUUCACUAAAAUUGUCACUGUAUCUGCCUCUCCAAGGUAUUUGAACGACUCGGAGUACUACGGAGGAUUUGAACGAGAAGAGCUUGAUCAAUUAUUUGAAGCAGUAAAAACAAAUUACAAAUCAUGGUGUUCAGGAUUUGCACCGUUAGUUGUUGGAGGGGACAUGGAUUCUGUAGCAAUCCAGGAAUUCAGCAGGACACUUUUCAACAUGAGACCAGACAUUGCCCUAAGCGUAAUACAAAUCAUAUUCCUAAGUGAUUUAAGGCAUUUGUUGCCUCAUGUGUCUGUUCCAUUUCACAUAAUUCAGAGCAUGAAGGACUUGGCCGUACCCGUGGUGGUGUCCGAAUAUCUCAGCCAGAAUCUCGGGUCUGAAUCUAUCGUUGAGGUUAUGUCAACGGAAGGACAUCUUCCGCAGCUCAGCUCACCGGAUGUUGUGAUUCCGGUGCUGCUUCGCCAUAUUCGUCAUGAUAUUGCUGUUUGAUUAUUAGUACUAGAGUACGUACCAGCAAGUUAAGUACUUCACUUUGUUGGAGUAAUAAUUAUAAUAA